AUGCCGACGCCUUCAUCCAAUCCUCCUCCCGUCUCACAUUCACCCCGAUCUUAUGCUUUCUCGACAUGUCCUGAAGACAGCAGCUCAAUACCCCCGCAACGCAGCUGGCGCACGCCGACCGAUGCAAGCCACGGCCCUGCCGAGAUGGAUGCCCAUCACGACGAUCGCAUGGACGAGGACGGAUCACCCUUCCCCCGAAGCAACCUGAUUUCAGACGCCCUCAGGGGCCCAAAUUUACACCCCCUCAGCGGCCUGAUGUCACAGGCCAGGGGCAUGAGCACAGAGGCCAUUCUCGACGAUGAGCACACCUCUGCUGCGUCCUCCUCCCGAUCCACCACCAUGUCGCCGAGGCCGCAGUCGGGCGACACCGCUCACUCAUCACCGGCGAUCGAUACGGAAUCGUUCAAGCAUACGGAAUCCGAUGACGACGGUCACUUGGUUGGCGAAAGGCUGAGGACGUCUCAAGGGGACGGUGCCAGGCGGCGUGACCCUAGACUAUCACCGACGUCGACGCACGACGAAAACAAGGACGUGGAGUUCGACGCCAGCGACUUGUGGGAAGAGGAGCUGAUGGCGCCGUCGAUGGGAUCGGAUUUUUCCAACAUGCGGAUCAUUCCAUCAACAGCGUCGUCCUUUUUGCGACCUGGAAGCAAGUUCCACGGAACCCAACAAUCCGAACGGCAGGUGUACGACGUGCAGGUUGAAAUCAAGCACGUCGAUCUCAGGGAAUCAUUUCUGUGCGGAUACCUGCGAAUUCAAGGCCUCACUGAAGACCACCCCACAUUGACGACGUACUUCGAGGGUGAGAUCAUUGGCACGAAAUACAGCUUUAUUACCAACCAUGAGACUUGGGGCGCCACCGAUAAGAUCGACCUUAACCACUGGGCCAAGUUCAACGCCUUCCGCCCGUUCCAAAAGCAGGCGCGCAAGGGCCCGGUGGUGAUCCGUGAUGUCGCACAACGCGAAAACAUCUUCAUGCGGUGGAAGGAACACUUCCUCGUCCCCGAUCACCGGGUGCGCACCAUUUCCGGCGCGAGUUUCGAGGGCUUCUACUACAUCUGCUUCAACCAGGUCAAAGGGGAAGUGAGUGGAAUCUACUUCCACUCAAAGAGCGAAAAGUUUCAGCAGCUUGAGCUCAAGCACGUGGAGGAUAGGGGCUGCUUUGGCGCCAUGGAAUUCAGAUGA